CGAUGAUGCUGGCAUCAUGGCUAAGAUGAUCUACGCCUCUUCCAAGGAGGCUCUCAAGCGCUCCCUGACCGGUCUUGCGACCGAGCUCCAGGCCAACGACCCCGACGACAUUGAGUAUGACAGCAUCAUCAAGACCGUCAGCAAGGGUCUUGCCGCAUAAACGUGUCGUUCCCCCGCACCCCCCUCACACACACUUGCCGGCACCGUAUCUUGGAGCUUUUUCUUAACGCGAAGACGGAGAGCAUAUACUCUUUAGCGACUACCGUCCUCAGAGACGAAUGAUGACCCAAUGACGGAGAGGUUGACUGUUGCAAUCGCGAAAAGGGAAGGAUGAAAUGUUAGUCUGCCGGGGGAGCCCCUGAUGGCUGUUGUCGCCGUCUCCGCUCGCGUAUACCCACGUACUCGACCGGGCGGGCCCAGACAGACCCAGGGAUUGGCCCCGGAUCAUGUUUUUUUCUCUUGGACCGCGACAAGGCUUGAUUUCCAGAUCUGAUGGUCCUCCGUCUGGCUGUGCUGUUUCAUUUUUCACGGUACUCCAUAAGGAAAAUAUCACACACUGGGAUGUAAACACGAUAUCUCGCUGUCGUCGCCAC